GUGUACAAGUGUGCGUGCGGUUAUAUCAGUGUGUGUGUGUGUGUGUGUGUUAUCACAUGUGGACAAGAGGGACAGCUAAGUGCCACGUCCGUGAAUGGCAGCACAGUGAUAGCGGUGUUCAGGAAUCAGUGUUCACACUGUUUGGACAAGCCGUAGGCAGCUCUCAGCAGUGGCCCAGCAAGUUGUGACAAUGUGAGGCGGCACACCUUUGCUGACUGUUACUCAGAGAAACGUCCUGUUGAGGUGCGAGAUGAACACAACACGAGAGUCAAGACUUUCGUGUCUUAAUCUUGGGGAUGUGAUGGGGCCGUGAAGGCUGUAAUGCCACAAAGGUGCAGCCAGAAAACGGAUCAGAUUGUGCUGACAUCUACUCAGGAUGAGGCUGCGGCGCAAUCUAAUCUGGUGCCUUAAGUUGGGCAUAGGGGUGUUUAUGUUCCUGGCAGGGAUCUACAUCAUAACACACCACUCCCAACCUGAUGGCCAUCCCACCAAGCACAGUGAAGAAAGAGCAUUGCCCUCACAAGAACACAUUCUGGCUUCUUACCUGGAUAACAACAAAAACAAUGUCCUUGAAAAACAGAUUGCCAGCAUCAGUUUGAAAACCCAUGUGCCAAUGCAUGAUCCAGAGGGCAGCAAGGACUGGAAUGACUAUGCACUAAUAGCAGCAGAGGCAAAGCAGACAGGGCCUGGAGAGCAAGGACAAGCUUAUAUUCUCCCACCCAACCUAGCAGCUGAAAGGGAUCAGCUGUACAGGGUCAAUGGAUUCAAUGCUCGUGCCUCUGAUGACAUUGCUCUGAAUCGUUCACUGCAAGAUCUGCGUCAUCCAAAAUGCCGAGAUAAGAAAUAUUUGACCAAGUUGCCUCGUGCUUCUGUGAUUGUACCCUUUCACAAUGAGCACUGGUCAACACUCCUACGUACUGCUGUCUCUGCCAUCAACCGUGCUCCUGAAAGCCUACUGCUGGAGGUGAUCCUGGUAGAUGAUGCCAGUACUAAAGGGUUCCUGAAGAACAGACUUGAUGAUUAUGUGCGUGCCAACCUUCCUAAGGUGCGAGUGCUGCGCCUGGGCCAGCGCUCAGGGCUGAUUCGUGCACGGCUGGCAGGGGCAAGAGCAGCACAGGGUGAAGUGCUCAUUUUCCUUGAUUCACACACAGAGUGUACCACCAACUGGCUUCCACCACUGCUGGAGCCUAUUACCAAGGACUACCGUACAUGUGUCUGCCCCUUCAUUGAUGUCAUUGAUUAUGAGACAUUUGCAUAUCGGGCACAGGACGAGGGAGCACGAGGGGCAUUUGAUUGGGAGCUCUUCUACAAGCGUCUGCCUCUGUUACCAGAGGAUGUGGAGAACAUGCCUGAACCUUUUAGGAGUCCAGUGAUGGCUGGAGGAUUAUUUGCCAUCAGUAGCAAGUUUUUCUGGGAGUUAGGUGGCUAUGACCCAGGGCUGGACAUCUGGGGUGGAGAGCAGUAUGAGCUUUCCUUCAAGAUAUGGCAGUGUGGUGGUACCUUGGUGGACUCGCCUUGUUCUCGCAUUGGACACAUCUAUCGCAAGUUUGCUCCCUUCCCCAACCCGGGUGUGGGAAACUUUGUAGGCAGGAAUUACCGCCGUGUGGCUGAAGUGUGGAUGGAUGAGUAUGCAGAGUACCUAUACAAACGCCGUCCAUCCUACCGUAGCAUUGAUCCUGGGGACCUGACCCAGCAGAGGGCCAUCCGUAUGCAGUUAAAGUGCCAGUCCUUUAGCUGGUUCAUGAAGGAAGUGGCCUUUGACCUCACCAAGGUGUAUCCUCCCGUUGAACCUCCAGAUUAUGCUGCCGGCAAGGUUCAAAAUGUGGCCAAUCCUGGAUUGUGUGUGGACUGUGGCUACAAACACCAUGGGGAACGCUUUGGCUUGAAGGAAUGUGGCUGGGGAGGGGAGCAGGAGAUGCAUCUCACCUGGCAUCAAGACAUUAGGCCAGGGCGGCGCUCAAUCUGCUGGGAUGUGUCUAGUGGUGACCCUCAAGCUCCAGUACUGCUCUAUAAUUGUCAUGGCAUGGGUGGUAACCAGCUAUGGAAAUAUGAUCCUACGCAACAAUGGCUGGUGCAUGGUGGCAAUCCAAGGUGUCUCGACACCAACCCAGACAACAAGGAGUUGUUUGUAUCUGCCUGUGAUCCAACGAAGAACACUCAGCGAUGGAAAUUUGAAAAGUUUGAUCACAAACACUUGAAAAAGCUCGAGAAAAAUUAACUAUAUUUAAUACCAUUAAUGUUACAAGGAAAUUUUGAUAAUUGAUUUUCAAUACUGAGACAAGUGCGGUUUUGAUAUUAACCUCAUAGUAUGAAUAUUGUAGGAUGUGUUACUGUAAAUAUUUCAAGUUUUGGGAUGAGUGGUAUUGAUGGUAUGAAUGUUGUAGAGUAAUAGUUUUUUAAAAUUGUAAGUUUUUAAUAGGUAAUAAUUUGCAGAAUACAUACAAGUACAUUGUCUUUUAUUUAGAAUUCUAAGAAUCAAAAUAAUCCAAAAUCUGGAAUACAGUCCUUACAUAAAGAGUAUUUUUUCUAUACUACAGACUUCAUCGAACUGUAUAUUCUUCUGCCGUAAUGUUGAAUCUCUUGCUAUCUUCUGCAACUAUUUUCAUGCCAAAUACUUUUCUGAUUUUGUUAACUGCAUGCCUCCCCUCCUCCCUGGCCCUGCUGUACAAGACUUUCUUCUUUUUCUCACUAGUUCAUUCAGCCCAGUUCUCUAAUGCAAAAGUUAACUAGCAUUCUCAAUCAUUUAUCCCUUUCUCUGGUAAACUCUGGAACUCCUUGCCUGCUUCUGGAUUUCCAUUUCCUUACAACUUCAACUUAUUCAAGAGGGAGGUUUCAAGAUACCCUUGACAUGCUCUCUACCUGAUUUAGCUACUGACUCCUAAGUGUACCUUUUUUAAUAAAAUUUUUGUUGCC